GAUGCCUGUACACGAUAGGCAAAGAGUUCGUGCUGUCCUUUCUGGAAAACUUCGAAAACGCCAACAACCAGCCAAGGCUCUUCAUUACAAGCGACACGGACACAACGGUGACCAUCGAGGCCCCGGCGGAUGGAUACAGUACAACGGUGGACGUGUCCGCGGAUCAGAAAGUGAUGGUCACGUUGCCCCGGAGCUCUGUGGAGAUGAGCGGCAGCCAACCAGUCAACAAAGCUGUAUACGUCACUUCCGACCAAGACAUCAGCCUCUUGGCUGUUUCCGGUGAAGGCCUCAUGACAGGCGCCUAUAGGGUUUUGCCAAUUUCAUUUCUCGCCAGCGAAUAUUACAUUCCCAGCUACGUCGCCGCUGGGCAACUCUCAGAAUUUGGUGUAAUCAGCGCCUACCCCGACACUACCGUCACGAUCACCCCCACACAAGACGUGACGUUUGACGGGGCGGCCUACACCGCAGGCACGUCUUUUGAGGUCGAGCUGGGAGAAUAUGAGGGUCUGCAGGUUCAGUCAGCAGGGGACCUAACCGGAUCCCACAUCUCCUCGAGCGCGCCGGUAGCCGUGGUGAGUGGUAGCCUGAGGAGUGACCAGGUCCUCCCGCUGGACGGGUGGGGGACGAGGUACCUGGCCGUACCGGACGGGGUUCAAGGUCGUGGCACGGACGGCCGUUUCCGCGUCAUAGCUGCCAGUCCAGACACCGAGGUCACCAUCGGUGACGACAUGACGACGCUACAACCAGGGGAGUAUUUUGACGUCGAUGUCCCUGCUAACGAGUUCAAGGAAAUAGAAUCAACCGCUGCCGUCAUGGUGGUACAGAUAAGUACAAUCGAUUCCGAUCCAUACAUGACAACCCUUCCGCCUGUGGAGUAUUACCACAACACCUACACCUUCACAACGGUAGACCUACAAGGAUCCGGUACACAUGUCCACAGACUCUGUAUCGUGUCACAGGAAACGUCGGGAUUUGAGCUGAAUGAUUCACCUUUGGACCCUACCAUUGUUUGGACACCGAUUCUGGACAGCGGUUUCUCAACAGGCUGUACUGACAUUGCAGAAGGGAGUCACACACUUGUUCAUAGCAGUCCUAAUGUCAUUUAUAACAUUUUCGUGAGCGGCUCCUCCGACAAAGAGACGUACGGCUUCCAUGGAGGUCAACUGAAACCUUGUCCCCCGGAGCCACCGCCCCCCAGGGACUGUGCGGACUGGUUCACCCGGGGGGCCAGGGAUGAUGGCAUCUACGCAGUGGACGACCCACCAUUCGACGUCUGGUGCGACAUGGACCCGUUUGGAUGCGGUGGGACCGUCCUUCAGCGGCGCUCAUCUGGUUCCUUGGACUUCGAAAGGGAGUGGAGUGACUACGAGAACGGCUUUGGAGACUUGGACGGUGAGAUGUGGUUGGGACUGAAGAACAUCAGCCUCAUUUCGUCAAGACGGAAUCACAUGCUCCACAUCGUGUUGGAGGACUGGAACGGCGUCACGGCUCACGCCAGCUACUCUGUGUUCUCCGUUGGAUCAGAGGACACCAAUUACCAGUUGACGAUUGACGCGUACGCCGGUAAUGCAGGAGACAGCAUGGGCCCGGCAGGACGCUAUGACUCCAAUGGAAAGAUGUUUUCUACCACAGACCGGAAAAACGACGACAAUGCCGUCUUCAGCUGCGCGGAGGCGUACAGCGGCGGCGGGUGGUGGUAUCCCACAGGAUGUGGAUAUGCCUACCUGAAUGGGAAGUAUCUGACUGACUGCAAUCCCCACUGUGACCCAUCGCAGGGUGUGGUGUGGCAGACUUGGCAGGGCGCCGGCUAUUCUCUACGGAGAACUCUCAUGAUGAUCAGACCACAAGCCGAAGACUGCCUUCCGCCGAGUGGACCUAUGGAUUGUGCCGACCUGUUCACGUCAGGGGUACGACAAGAUGGCGUAUACUCCGUGGGAUACCCGCCAUUCGAAGUCUACUGUCGCAUGACGACUGUGAACUGUGGCUCCACCAUCUUGCAAAGACGUCUGGACGGGUCGGUGGACUUCGGCAGGCCCUGGAGUGACUACCAGAGAGGGUUUGGUGACCCAAGCGGAGAGGUGUGGAUGGGUUUGGAGAAGGCACAUCGCCUGACGUCGACGUCGGACUACCAGUUGAUCGUCGAGCUGGAAGAUUGGGAUGGGAACGUGGCCGUGGCGACGUACGGGACGUUUCACGUGGGAGACGUCACUUCCUUCUACGCGUUGGAGGUAGGAGAUUUUGCGGGUGACGCAGGAGACAGUUUGGCCCCAGAGGGACGGUACAACGCCAACGGCCAUCAGUUCUCGACCUUUGACAUGAAGAACGACGACAAUGUAGACUUCAACUGUGCGGUAACUUACAGCGAAGGCGGAUGGUGGUAUCCACCAGGCUGUGGUUACGCGUUUCUCAACGGGAAGUACCUGACCGACUGCAACCCUUAUUGUGACCCAUCUCAGGGGGUUGUCUGGCACACCUGGAAGGGAUCUGGUUAUUCACUGAAGAGAUCUACUAUGAUGAUGAGGCCACUAGACUUCGACAGCACUCCUUGCAUCCCAACGACGACUGAAAAGCCGACCACGCCCGACCCCGCAUCGGAGCCAUCAGCUACUACAGACGCUCCCGCUCAUGCGUUACCAGCCGGAGAUGGCAUAUGGAAGAAAUACCUUGCUGGCGAGUACAACCCUGCCGAGUCGGAGAUUGGCGGUAAUGCUAGCUGGAUAGAAUGGCAGGUGUGGAGGACAGGCGAACAGAUACCACCAGGAUAUGACAAGAACAAGAGGCCAACAAGCGGAGAGAGCAACACUGACAGGUGGACUGAGGUAGCUUCGAGUGUGUACGUCCGGCGUUUGGGCUGGCUUGAUGAUGAACAUGUGAAUAUUUCUACGACUCUCGAGUACGUGCUUGCCUGGAUAGACCCUCGGCUGAGGGGUCUGACCGCCUCCUGGGUCCCCGUUCCCCCGGACCUGCUUUGGACUCCGCCGCUCAGCUUCGGACGGAACGUCAGAAGGACAUCUAUCGUGGACAGAGGGAGCACCUCGGACACAGGGAUAUCUCUGUGGCUGCACAGGAGCGGGCUGGUCGUCUUCAGGAUGAUUCGUGAUCUACAUGUGUCUUGUUCGGGAGUGACGUUUAAGCACUUUCCAUUUGAUAGCCAGAGCUGCGCCAUGCCUCUUCAUGGAUAUAAUGGAGUGAGGUUCCGCCUUGUGCCCCCCAGUGACACUACUCGGCACCAGAUUAAGACCGACAGCGCCGAGGUGGUAUCUCAGUUCAUGUUGAGAGGGGUAGAGUUGUCAGGGACCUUGGAGUCGUUUCUCACCAACGUCUCGGAUUGCAGUUACUUCAAACAAUCAUGUGAGUACGACGCUGAGACGUGCCCCUUCACGAGUUCUCAGGACUGCCGCGCGACAGUGGGACAGUGUGCGAUGGAGAAGGUCGAUUGCCCGGAGGAAGCACGAAGGGUAUCAGAAGAGGCACGCAGGGUGGCGCGCAGCGCUAACAACCUUCACAAAGACACCAGCAGCUACACUACAGUAUCAGUUCAGUUGGGCAUGACCAGGCGACUGUGGAUCUACAUCUCAACGACGUUCAUCCCGUCCUUCAUCCUCGUGGUGGCCUCCCUCCUGCAAACAUCGCUGCCGCUGCACCACAAGGCCAUCUCCGGUCGCAUCACUCUCGGGGUUAUCCCUCUUCUGGUGAUGAUCACUAAGGGCGUCCUGAAGCACAGAAUACUGUGGGUAUCCGUUGCAAGGGCGAUAGACAUUUGGCUGAUCGUUUGCCUGGUCUUCAUCGUCCUGGCCUUGGCGGAAACUAUUGUAGUUUACUACAUCUACAGCAGGCGGGAAGAGAAAACUCGAGGUAAGCGGUUUCAUCACCCGGUAGAGAACAAACCACGAAAGCUGAAGGUCUGCAUCCCUCGUGUGAAGUACUCCAGCCCUCUCGGGAUAUGGUGGGAGCAAGCAGACAGCGAAGGGUGGAGGAUUGCCUACAUCCCGCCUAGCGAGGAGACGUCCUUUUCGGAGGGCGGAAACACACGCCACGCGCGAGAGUACGACUCGGACGAUGGGCCAGGUGAACCGUCAGCGGUGACUGCAGAGGUCCACCAGCCGGGAAUGGAUGGGACCAGCAGCCCGAUACCAAAGAACAGCAUUCGCACCAGUCGGCCUCUUCACGUCGCUUCUGAGGAAAGUCCUGCCCUUCCCUGUGAGGCGGACAGCCAGACCUCCGGAUACAACACCAUGGAUACCAUCGGCAAAUUCUCCGAGGACACCAGCAGUAGCACAACAGGUGGCAGCACGGAAGGUGACGUCACAGAUACAACUUCUGACGUCAAUGACAGUGACUCUGAGACGAAUGACCCGGAUGUGUGCGAGUACUUAAGCCAACAGAUUGAUUAUGUCACCCGCAUUGUGUUUGUUGCUGCCUUUUCGUUCUUCAACAUCUGCUUCUGGCCCUAUUAUCUGUUCAUAUGGUUUAAAGCUGAGAAAUCUGAUUUCCUGACCAGAAUUUCUACGCACCCAGCUGUCAACAUGGACAGUGCAAGGCGAGUGACAUGGAAACCAACAUCAGUGACUAGCAUCACUGAUCAUGCAUAUGCGCAUGACAGCAUAACACCGCUAUUCUGCAGUGAUGCAGCACCAGGCAUGAUGAUGAUGUCUGGACGACUGGAUCCACCAGGUGACCAGUUGUCCCUCCAGUCAUCUGGGAUGAAAGGCUAACAGCCAAACAAUUUUUAUGGGACGAGACUUCAGCUGUCAUCAAGUACAACUCAGCUAUAAACACACUGGGCUAUAUGAAACCAAGUGCAUGCAACAUUCUACAUUAUACAUGUAGCUAUAGGACAGUCUUUUUGAUAUUGUAAAUACAGACAAAGUGGUACAUAUACAUGUAAUCAGUCACCAUAGCCUCUAUACAAUAAAAUCU